CUCCCCUGAACGCCGCUCCCAUCCCUCCCUCGCGCUCUUUGCAGAGGGUCAACCAUGAAGUUCAACCCCUUCGUGACCUCGGACCGCAGCAAACGCCGCUUCAACGGCCCCUCGCACGUGCGCCGCAAGAUCAUGCCUUCCCCGCUCUCCAAGGAGCUGCGACAGAAGCACAAGGUCCGCUCCAUGCCCGUCCGCAAGGACCGUGAGGUCCAGGUGGUUCGAGGACACUACAAAGGUCAGCAAAACAGCAAGGUAGUGCAGGUGUACAGAAAGAAAUACGUCAUUUACACCGAGCGGGUGCAGCGUGAGAAGGCUAACGGCACAGCUGUCCACGUGGGCAUUCACCCCAGCAAGGUGGUUCUCACCAGGCCAAAACUGGACAAAGAUCGGAAAAAAAUUCUCAAAGCCAAAUCUCGACAAGUUGGAAAAGAGAAAGGCAAAUAUAAGGAAGAACUUAUUGAGAAAAUGCAGGAAUAAAUGUUACCUGUUGUGUAACCAAUGUUUAGCUGUAGGUUUUUAGCCUGGUGUGUAUUCCUUUAAAAUCGUUCAAGAUGUCUCUGGAAUGUAUUGUUUCCUUCCUGGUUUGUUAUUGAUAUGUGGCUCUGUAUAUCUAUUGUUGCUGUUUGGGUUAAUUUUAUGAAUAAAAAUUGGAAAUGUUUCCUAA